AUGAACUGUGUUCGAGGCGCUUCAGCUCAUAAUUACAAAUGCCAGGGUUGUUCAGAUCCCGGCUUUAAGUUUUUCAAGGCUCAAGGAGAUGAAAGGGCCCUGUUAGACUCCAUUGAUAGGUCCUGGGAAGACCAAUACCUUGCGGCCUCACUGAUUGCUCCCCGUUUGGGGGUUUCGUUUUCACAACGAACUGAAGAAGCUACAAGAGAAGUGAACAAUGGGGAAGAGACGAAUGAUAAAGCCAUUGUAGUUCAUGUCGGUGAUGGUUCAGCUUAUGAAGUGAAAGGUGAUGAAGCCAACUGUUCCGGAGAACAAAAGAAUGACGAACGCAAUGGCAAUGAAAUGAAUCACGGGGAAGGGAAUGAUGGAGAUGGAGGAAAUUUAGAAGAGAAAGAGGACGAGGAUAAAAAUUAA